AUGGCAACAAAAACGAAUUAUUUUAUACCAAAAGUCCGGCCAUCUCGUCUCAAUUAUCUUGGAUUACUAUUUUCAUUGAUUGGAUUUGUACUGGUGAUCCUCUGUUUGAGUGGAGGUCAUUCCAAGGCUGGUCAAAGUUUACAUUUUCUCAAGAUCACUGACAAUCCACCAAGCCAAUUAGCUGUCACAUAUGGAUGGAGAGGUUAUUGUAUUAAUGACAAGACAUGGCAAUGCAAAACAGACGACUCGAUGAUGGUGGUUCCAUUUGAUGUUGCUGUGAGUGAUAUGUUGAACGGAACAUAUCCAGAAUUAUUUGAGAAUGCGAUUCCCCAGGAUCCUGAUCUGAACCCCUUGGCUGGUCCAAACCCUCCUCACGAUCCCAAAAUCUUUGCUGCUGCUGUGCUGUGCCUGCUGUGUGGCGGAUCCGGACUGACUUUGGGAUUGCUUCGGACAAUGGGACGUGGAUUUGAGGACAAGCAUUAUGGUCGAGGAUUCUUGUGCUGUGCUGCUGCUGUACUUGCCCUGUUACUUGUGGCAGAGUGUUCUGUCAUGUACGCCAAUGCGGCAACUCAGCUGACACGCGAAUACCCUCAGCUUAUUGCAACACAGGGUCCAGGGCUCCCAAUGAUGGGGGUGGCGUUUGGAUCAUUUGUACUAGCUGGCUUCUGUUUUCUGCAGGGGUGCUUUAGUAAAGAAGAUAGUUAUCGUCCAAUUUAG